AUGCUGUAUGCAGUAAACUAUGGUGGAUUCAAAGAUAACGGUAGGGAAACACUUGGCGCAAUUUGUAUCAUCCUCAACAUAGCCAGCAUUGGAGCACCGUUAUUCCAAAUCAGAGAGGUCAUUCGAACGAAGAACUCCGAAUCAUUACCACUUCCUUUAUGUCUGGCAUGUUUUGCUGUCAGUUUACAAUGGUUGCUAUAUGGAUUACUUGUGCACGACAUUGUUAUACAAGUACCAAACUACAUAGCAACAUUAUUAUCAGUAAUUCAACUAUCACUGUUUGUCAUCUACCCUCGACGGCCAACAUUUAUUGAGAUGGAGGAUCCUCUUUAUACUGUAAAUAAGCGAAUUAAUCAAGACAUGAUGCAGCUACUACUGUUCAUCUUGCUCGCAGCUGUAUCUGCUAUUCGAGCACACGAGCCGCUGGAGGACAUCAGAGAUGAAGUGAUCAUGACUUUGCAGGAAUCACCGGAGACAAAGAAAUCACUGGAAGAGAGAAUCAAGCAAGAGCCGAAAAUCGAUUUCGUUCAAGUUAAGCCCAUUGGAGACGACAUAAACGAAAUCAACGAGAACUGGCAAAUUGAUGAAAACCUCUUCCAGGGCGACUUAGCCCUAACACCGUGA